AUGUCUUCGUUUCGUGCUGCUGGACUGGUUUUACGUCAGUUGUCCAAUAAAAACCCAUGUGUAUUUAAACAACUUGGUUGCCGAUGGCUAUCCACUUCAUCUACUUUAAAAGCUGGAGCCCCAGAAUUCUCCAGUAUUUUAGAGGAACGUAUUCUAGGACAAACAUUACAAACUAACUUGGAGGAAACUGGACGUGUUCUGAGCAUCGGUGAUGGGAUCGCACGUGUCUAUGGUCUGAAAAAUAUACAAGCGGAGGAAAUGGUGGAGUUCUCGUCGGGACUAAAGGGUAUGGCUCUAAAUUUGGAGCCUGACAAUGUUGGUGUGGUCGUUUUCGGUAAUGACAAGCUAAUCCGCGAAGGAGAUAUCGUUAAGCGGGCAGGGGCUAUUGUUGACGUGCCUGUCGGAAUAGAGUUACUUGGUCGAGUAGUUGAUGCCUUAGGUAAUCCAAUCGACGGAGCAGGUGCUAUCAAUACGAAAACAAGACAACGUGUUGGAGUUAAAGCUCCAGGUAUCAUACCACGUAUUUCUGUUCGUGAACCAAUGCAAACUGGAAUUAAGGCUGUUGAUAGCCUCGUUCCCAUUGGCCGUGGUCAGCGUGAGCUAAUCAUCGGAGACCGUCAGACAGGUAAAACAGCUAUUGCAGUCGAUACUAUUAUUAAUCAAAAGCGUUUCAACGACGCAGCUGAUGAAAAAAAGAAGUUGUAUUGUAUCUACGUUGCCAUCGGACAAAAGCGUUCAACAGUUGCGCAACUAGUCAAACGUCUCACUGAUGCAGAUGCUAUGAAAUACACUAUCAUUGUGUCUGCAACAGCAUCUGAUGCAGCUCCGCUUCAGUACUUGGCUCCAUACGCAGGGUGUGCAAUGGGUGAAUAUUUUCGUGACAAUGGGAAGCAUGCAUUAAUAAUUUAUGACGAUCUAUCUAAACAGGCUGUUGCCUAUCGACAAAUGUCACUUCUGUUACGAAGACCUCCAGGAAGAGAAGCUUAUCCUGGUGAUGUGUUUUAUUUGCACUCCCGUUUACUAGAGAGGGCUGCUAAGAUGAAUGAUUCCUAUGGAGGCGGUUCACUAACAGCCCUUCCAGUCAUUGAAACACAGGCUGGUGAUGUAUCUGCAUACAUUCCAACUAACGUUAUCUCUAUAACUGAUGGGCAAAUUUUCUUGGAGACUGAAUUAUUCCAUAAAAGUAUAAGACCUGCUAUCAAUGUUGGUCUUUCUGUUAGUCGUGUUGGGUCUGCUGCACAAACUAAAGCUAUGAAACAGGUUGCUGGUCGCAUGAAACUAGAGUUAGCUCAGUAUCGAGAAGUAGCUGCUUUUGCUCAAUUUGGUUCUGACUUAGAUGCAUCAACUCAAUCGUUGCUAAACCGAGGUGUUCGUUUAACGGAACUCCUGAAACAAAAUCAAUAUGCUCCCAUGGCAAUUGAACAGCAGGUUGUUGUAAUCUACGCUGGUGUUAGGGGACAUUUGGAUAAGUUGGACCCAUCAAAAAUUAUCCACUUUGAGAAAGAUUUUCUUAAGUUUGUCCUAGCAAAUCAUCAAGAUCUCCUAAAGACCAUACGUGAAGAUGGAGAACUGAAGCCAGCAACUGAUGAAAAACUGAAAAAGAUUGUAGUCGAUUUCUUGGCUGGGUAUCAAACGUCUCCAUAG